UGAACUUGCAAAAGUACUCUGUGAUGAACUUGUGAUUCGAGACGUCUGCAAUAUCACAAUAUGUCCGACUAUUUGGAAAUAUUUUUAGAAUAAAGAAUUAUCUUAGUCCAAAAUAAUAAAAUCCACUAAAGAGUACAUAGUCCAUGCUAUGGACCAUAUAUGACAAACAAGAGAUCGAUAAGGCGAGGAGAUAUAGCGAAGAUAUGUGUUGUGGGCGACUCGCCUUGCGUGUGUACAGCGGACGUGCGCGUGACGGGCCUCGGGCGGCGGGGUGCUCCGGCCUGAGCGCGCGGCGGACAUAGCGUCGCCGCCGCGCCAGCCCAGCUUGCGCGACAAGUGUUUUUGUACAUAUUUUUUAUAAAACAUAGCCAACAUGGAUUCGAGGGUGCAAUGCCCCGUGUGUACGCUGUACCUGCACAGUGGCAUGUCAUUGGAGUCCCAUUUGGACACGCAUCCAAAGGACCAAGUGAUAAAAGCACUGUGCAACCUCUCUGCCAAGAGUAACGGGUACGGAAGCCGGACCUCCACCCCUCAUUCGGAGCGGUCUUACAGGAGCAGGUCUCGGACUCCUGCCACUGAUGACGGGCGAUGGACUAGUUCUCAUCGCAACAAUGAAAAUGACAGGUACUGGAGAAGAACGCCCAGUCGCAACAAGUCCACUCCACUCUCGAGUAGGAACGGCACACCGGACAUCAGGAUUGGCAAUAUUACAUUUGAGAAUGAGAAUAACUUGAACACCAAUUCCGACCAGUGUUCAGAUGUGUAUACUGGGAGGUCUGAUAAAACUCAGCAGCCCUAUGGAUCAACCUCUCACUUGUCUGGCUGCAGCUAUGACCAGCGGUAUCCAUUCUACCCUGAACAGCAGGAAGAGGCAGAGAUCAAAUAUUCCCGCAGCUCGGAAUAUACUGCCCAGAAUGUCAAUUCUAGUAGUGUGUUUUCAUAUAACAUGCCUUCGGGGCCGGCCCCCAAACAAGCCAAUGUCAUGCCCGCCAUGUCGAGGAGGGCUAAUGAACGGGACUUUGUUAAAAUUUUACCUAAACCAAGUAAUAUACUCUUAAAAACAAAUGUUGCAAGUGGAGUGCAGUAUGUGACACCAGCCUCUAAGCAGUUGCAUGUAGUGAUGCCCACAGCACCUCAGUUUGUGCAGAAGAAUGUACAAAACAACAUGAUUGUGACUGGCAAUUUAGCUAGUGGCCAAAUAAUUGAUCCCAAACUAAUGGCACCACCACUGACUAAUCAGUUCAACCAGCUCACCUCGGGGACUUUUACACCUGGAACCACUGUGGUCACCCAGAACUCGCAGAUAAUUUACAGAGAGAUGGUACAUAACUUGGAGAAACCUUUUAUACCAACUAUGCCUACAGUUCUGGGCUCAGUCGAGAAUGUCACUAAUGUAGCACAGAGCAGUGCCAUGUACCAAAACCUUAUGGUAGUUGACCAGUUUGGUAACACAUCAUGCAUGUAUACAGCACCCCAGACUUUGAUCACUAAACCCUGCAACCCAACUGUGUUUAGUGAGAACAUGACAUACUUGCAGACUGUUGUGGACAAGUCUGCACCUAAUAUAUCCAAUGAAAAUAAGACCCUCUUGAUAGAAGUGAGGCCCAUAUCUGAGACAGCUCAACCAAGUACCAGUUCUCACCAACCACCUCAGAGUAAACCCAACUAUGUAAAUAAAAAACUAGAGCAAAAACGGCCAACCUCAAGGGAUAGUACCCCAGGCCCUAACAAAGGUCUUAAAAUCCUCAGCAAUAUAAAGGUGGAGGUUCCUGUGCAGCAUCACAAAAACAUGCUCAAUACUAUUAUGGAUUUGACCGGUUCAGGUGAAUCUGAGUACACAGCACGGCCAAUAAGCCCAGAGAGGAUUUUACCAGAUUUGGAUGAAAACAACCAAAGUUUGUGUGAUGAUUCAACCCAACCUUCCACAUCAAGCAGUGAUAGUAUAACUUCCAACACAUUCUGUGUGAUUCAGAAUGCCAGCAAUCUGUCUGGUAAAGAUUCAUCCAAAUCAGACAAUAAAAUGGACACAGACUUCUCAGACAGCUGUCCUGUACCAGAUCUUAUUUGCAAUGAGAAGCCUUCAAUAUCGCCCUGCAGUGAACUAUCCGAGCAUGGGGAUAAUUUUACUGAUCGGAUAACAAUAUCUCCCAAACCAGAACCCACUCAUACUUACCAAAGAAGUGUGAUAAGUAGUACUGAUACUGAAAAUAAGCAACCGAGACAAUACAACCCUAUGAGGACAAACAAUGUGUUUAAAAAGCAAAAGAAGGUUUUGCAAAUAAAAAACGCUAAAUUCCCAUCAGCUAGUACAAGUAGCUCAAGUCAAUCUGAGCAGGAACCUGUAGCUUCUUCUUCCAGAGCAAAAUCACCAGAAGGCUUUAAGAUGAACAAAAGGCAUCACGAAGAAGAAAGCAAUGGCAGUACACAAUCCUCAGGAACUCUUCUUACCGUUUCAAUUGAGAAAAUCAAAGAUAAUGAUGAUAAUGACAAUGAAUUUGAUGCAAACACGGAAGAGCAAUCAAUGGACAUUGAGCCUGUUACACCUUCCAAUGUUAAUCAUUCCAACCAGUACUCAGCCUCGGUAGAUAUCAUGGUGCAAGUCAAAGAAGAAAUAAAUUCAAGUAAUGAUUUCAGCAACGAAGCAGACAGGUCUGGCAUAGAUCUUGCACCGAUGGCUACUUUGAGGCCAAUCAAUGUGAUCAGCUACAGUAACAUGGAAGGGGACUUCGACGAUGACUCAAAUCAUAGAGAACUGUUGGAGUUGGAAGCGUCAUCCAAGAAUAAACAGUUUGUAUCGAUGAUGAACGAAAAUUAUUUUGGUGAUAAUAUUUACGCGGACUACUUUACUCCUGAUCGGGUGGAAGCUUUUGAAGCUGAGAAAGAGUCAAAUUAUUCGAAAGAUAAUAACAGAGACGGAAUGUAUAUUUGGGGGGAGCCUUCUCAGAAGGAGAGUGAGUUUGUUUUACCCAAUUUCAUUCACGAAAGCUACAAAAUUGCUGAAUCUAAUGGCAUCGACUAUUCAGAAAUGGGUGCAGAAGAGCAAUUAGAUGGUGAUAGGUGUGAGAGAGACAGCAAAGUAGAUGUUUUAAGCGAGAGUAGGAGCGAAAGUGAGGCUCCAUUGAACAUUUGCACGGACGAGAAAAUGCCGCCGAGAGGAGAACUGAGCGGGCAAGAGAGCAAUGGAGAUAUGGAGUCCCCUUGGAGUGGAAUGUACGCGAGCGUGCCGCCAGCGGAGCCCUACGACCUCAUGGCGCGCGAGAGCUGGGUCUCCGACGGUUCCGACGUGGACGCCAAUGAGAAGGCUGAUCACAUUGAAGACGAUCUCCACUUCCCCAAGACUCGUCUGUACAAUUGCGCGCAGUGUGGCAACAAGUUCGCGUGCCUGAAGGAGAUGCGCGCGCACAAAGCGCUCGCGCACGCGCCGCCCACGUGCUCCAACGCCAAGACCACGUACAGCCGCCUCGUCACUGCCAGGGCUAUCAAGAAGGAGGAGAAACCUGAUGAAACUGUGUUGUCAGAAAAUCUCUUAUCAAUAGACUCAAAGGAAGCCAUAUCGACCACAAUGCAGCAAGUAUACGACACUAUGGCGGAAACCAAACCAAUAGUUGGACUCAUCAAGCAAGAGACCAAGAGGAGACGCAAGGAUUUCAAGUGCCCAACCUGCCAAGUGGACCAAGUGACGGAUACGGCUUUCCACGCGCAUCUUAAGACGCACCCUCUGCUUUGCCUGACGUGUGGAAAGUGCUUCUACCGGCGUGCUAACCUCGCGCUGCAUCUCAAGACGCAUCUGGGCAUCAGGAACUAUAAAUGUGAUGUGUGCGGGAAGGCAUUCAUCACGCGGCAGAAGCUGUCCGAGCACCACAACAUCCACACCGGCCGCGCGCCCGUCAAGUGCACCGAGUGUGACGACACCUUCAGGCGUUACUCCAACAUGGUGCAGCACAGAGACCGCCACCAUUUGAAGAAGAAGGCGAAAGUGCGCGACUUUGUUUGCCAUCAUUGCGGGGCCGUGUUCCACUCGCGCGCCAAGCUGCUGUGGCACAAGGAGACGCACGACGACAAGCCCAAAGCCUGCCUCUACUGCAGCGACAAGUUCGUGCACGCGGCGUCGCUCACGCGCCACGUGCGGCGCGCGCACAACGAGUGCUUCGUGUCUGACACACACAAAGGCAAGAUCGAGAACGUGCCUUGCCCUGUCUGCAAGCAGAUGUACCUACGGCCGAACCUGCGUGCGCACCUGCUGACGCACAGCGGCAAGCGACCCUUCCACUGCGUGGUGUGCAACAAGUCCUUCACCACCAAGUGGAACCUCAAGCUCCACCGCUGGACCCACGUCGGCCGCUCCGCGAAGCCGUACAAGUGCUCCCUGUGCAAAGGCGCCUUUAUCCGACACACCGAGUACGUCUCCCACAUGAACGCGCACAAAUCCGUUCGCCCGUACACCUGUAAAUACUGCGGCUGUCAGUUCAUAAGAAAGUAUAACUGUCAAAGGCACGUCCGCGAACACGAAAUGGCGAAGAAGUAUGCGUGCAAAGUGCCCGAGUGCGGGAAGACGUUCCAUAGGAGUUACUACCUGUCUGAACAUAUGAAAGUGCACAGUGGCGCCAGGCCGUUCUCUUGCAACAUCUGCGGAAAGACUUCCAGUAACAAGUCCAAUCAUAAUAAGCACGUGAAGAUCCAUCACGCGCGGGAACCCAUCGCUACUGAGGCGUAAGUGUACGUCGCUUUUCUAUUCGGGGUCGAAUUUUUUUUAUGAGUUUUUUUAAUAGUGUCACUUUUGAUAAUGUGUGUGUGAAUUGUUAAACAUUGGACGAAUUGUUUCGAAUGAUCGAAGCUUAUAUUUAUUAAAAUAUUAGCUGAUGCUAGCGACUUUGUACGCGUGGGUUUAGAUUUUAUUUAAAUCCCGUGGGAACGACCUCUCGGGCGCAGUGGUAAAUGCUGUGGACUUAUUAGUGGGAGGUCCCGAGUUCCCGGCAAGGGUUUGGAAUUUUAUAGUUUCUAAAUCUCUGGUCUAGUCUGGGGGAGGCUUUGGCCGUGGCUACUUACCACCCUACCGGCAAAGUCGUGUCGCCAAGUAAUUUAGCUUGCCGGUAUGAUGCCGUGUAGAAACCGAAGGGGUAUAAUAAAAACUGCCAUACCCCUUCCAGGUUAGCCCGCUUCCAU